AUUACCGGAGAAAAACCCCGGAAGCAGCGAGCAAGCCGGACUGGGACGACCCAAAAUCGCCGCCAGCGCCAAUGACGGCCGAAAAAUCACACCCAUCUGAGACCUCUAAACAUUCGUUCGAUCAACGAACUGAAUCUCCACAACGGCCUUCAAAAGUCGCAAAGCUCAACGGCGACAGCGACGUCGAAGAGGAAGAUCGGAGUGCCUUUAGUUUGAGCGAGAAGCGAAUGAUUCCGAACCCUAGAACUCAAAGGUACUUGAUUGCGAUUGAGUACAUCGGAACUCGCUUCGCCGGCGCUCAGCAGCAAUCCAAUUGCCGAACUGUCGUCGGUGCUCUGGAGGCAGCUUUUAAAAAUUUUAUUGGACAGCCCGUAUCAAUAUUUUGUUCAAGUCGAACUGAUGCAGGAGUACAUGCGUUAUCAAAUGUUUGUCAUGUAGAUGUGGAAAGGAUAAGCAAGCGGAAACCUGGUGAAGUGUUACCGCCCCAUGAACCUGAAGUGGUUAAAAGAGCUGUGAACCAUUUUUUACAGUGUUGCAGCUGAUUUUCAUGCCAGAUAUAAAGCUAAGGAACGAACGUAUGUAUCAAAAUAGAUGAUAUUCAGGUAUGAUGCUAUGUUGGUCCCAUAAAUUAAGAGGGUGGAAAAUAAGUCCCUUUGUGUUAUACCCGAGACCCGGGGUAUAAUCAAGUUGCUAUUUGAAGAUGGAAUUAUGGAAUGGUGAAGAGGAAAUGAGGGGGACGAAAUAUGGGGGUGGAACAAAGAGUUGUUUUUUUGGGUUUUUGAUGAAAGAAAAGAAUAAGUUCAAGAAGAAGAAAUGGUGAAAAAUGAAAUUGGCAGAGGUAAAGUGAAGGGAUAAACCAAGUUGGUGUUAAGAGAUAUAACACACUCUUAUCUUAACUUGGGGUUUGAAUCUAGAAUUCAAUCAAGAUAUGACACACUUAAUUAAAUAUCUAGAACCUAAAACUCACACUUAAGAUAACCACUCUUAAGAUAUAGAUUUAGGAAUUUAAAUAGCAAACACAACAAGUGUAUUACUAAAUGGAAAAUGGAAUU